UCGCGUGUGUUGGUGCGUGUGCUCGCGUACAAACACACCCUUUUGGAAAUCGCGUAUUGUGCUUAUGCGCGCGCGUGUUUGUAUGUGAACCGGUGUGCCCCGUUUGGCAUUAGUAUUUGUCUGGGCUGCUGUUUCGUUAUCUGAUGGCUGAAUAAUAAUUGGAGAAAAGAAUUUUUGCCAACAUUUGCCCCUGUUGAUGGUUUUUCCGAUGGUGGGUGGUGUCAAAAGUGGUUUUCUGACCGGGUUACGAUAGAUUUUUGGAAGUUGUUUACGCGUGAGAGCAAUCAAAUUUCGAAGAUGAUUCAAGUAGGCUAAAGAUUGAUACACAAACACCUGGAAUCGUCAGUUUGACAAGUUUUUUGUUAUUUUGAAAAUUGAAACGAGACACCACCGCAAGAAAAAAAAAAGGCCUGCUGCAUGACGAUGAAGGUCUGUUGGCAGUGUGCGUGAAAGCAACAGCAAUAUAAUCGAGAAAAGAGUACUCCACCAGCAGAAAGUGGAAGAGUGGUGCGGCAAACUGCUGCCUCUGCUACUUCUUCCUUCCACCCGGAUCGAAUCGAGUAGUUUUCUUCUCCCGCGAAAGUGACGAAGUGGCUGCUGCUGGGCAGAGAGAAGGAUGAAAUUGGGGUAAAAUCGAGACGACUCGGGGCGUGUUUGAAUGUGUAUUAGAAAAUUUUUUGUGAAAGGAAAUUCCUUUUCGAUUUUCCUCUUGGCCUUCGGUUUCGGAUUGGCUGGGAUCAGCAGCUCUUAAAACCUUGUGAAUUUUGCAACAGGAAUCGGAAAGUUUCCUAAAUAAUCCAUUUGAAGUUGUUUGGAGUUUUUCGAAAAAAAAAAAUCGCUACCAUAAGCACAAAAAGUGAAGAAUAUUCGCGACCGAAAACCUCCAAGCUUAGCUACUAGCUUGCCAGUGCGAUUGUGCAGAUGUUGUGAAAUAUGAAGUGUGCAAAUUCAUCGAAAACCUGCUGAAUAAAAAGUGUAAUUUAACAAAACCUGUUCCACUCACCGAGUGAAAAAAUCCCUGUUUCCAGGGUAUCGAAAAUUAAUCAGAGCCCAACUUAAGUCGUCGAAAUAGAUAAAAGAUAAAAGCAAAACAUUGGUCGUCGACAAGAAUUCGGGGGAGCUGUUUUGAUUUUAUCGCGAGACGAACGACGUCGAGUCAGCAGUAGCUUCAGGGAAAGAAAGAAAAAAAAACGCCGCUGAUUUCUAUUUUGCUUCAAUUUCUGCUGAGCUGAAUCCAGGAGGAAAACAACACAAGACACAAGCCGACAAAAUGGGUUGGGGACUCGAACUUUGGGAUCAGUACGAGAACCUAGCGACACACACACAGAAAGGAAUCGAUUUUUUAGAACGCUAUGGAAGUUUUAUCCGUGAUCGAAGUGCCAUCGAAAUCGAAUACGCCGGAAAGCUGAGGCGGCUCGUCAAAAAUUAUCAACCAAAAAAAAGCAAAGAAGAUGAAGAAAACGAAUUCUCCUCCUUCCAAGCAUUCAAAUGCGUGCUCAAAGAGGUGGCGGACCUGGCCGGGCAGCGCGAAGUCGUGGCGGAAAACCUACAGCUCCAGGUGCUCCAGGGCAUCACACUUCUGGCCAAAAAUCUCCGAGACGAGCGGAAAAAGUCCCUCAACGAGGGCGCCGUACUAACCCAGAACCUAAACAGUCAGAUCGGAUCCCUGGAUCGGGCGAAACGGAACUACGAAAAAGCCUUCCGGGAGGCAGAAAAAUCCAUCGACAGCUACCAGAAGGCGGACGCGGAUCUGAACCUGAGCCGAGCCGAGGUCGAGAAGCAGCGGAACAACAUGAACAUCCGCUGCGGUCAGUCCGAGGAUGCCAAAAACGAAUACGCCAACCAGCUGCAGAAAACGAACAAACUUCAGCAGACGCACUACGAAUCCUCGUUACCGGAGGUUUUCAACCGGUUACAAGAGCUUGAUGAGAAGAGGACGCGAGGGCUAAAAGAGUUCAUCAAAGGUGCAGCCGAUGUAGAAUCUGCAGUAGCCCCUAUUAUUGCGAGGUGUCUAGAAGGCAUGGUCAAGGCAGCCGAUUCCAUCAACGAGAAAGAAGACUCUGCGAAAGUUAUAGAAAAAUACCAGUCCGGGUUUCAACCGCCCGGGGACAUACCGUUCGAGGAUCUCUCGAAAGCCGACUCCGACACCUCCAACAACUCCCAGACGUACGCCUCCACUGGUACGGGCUUGAAUCACCUCACCACCAAGGGAACGACGUCCCAGAAGUUCAAAAAACGGGCCGGAAUAUUUGGCAUCUUCGCAAGCAAUAAGAAGAUUGUUGAAGCCUGCAUCCAAGUAAAGAACAACUUGUCGACGGACGCUAUGAAGGAAGAUUUCAGCGACCUGCCUCCGACGCAGAGGCGGAAAAAGCUCACGGCCAAGGUUCACGAGCUGCAGCAGAAGGUGGCCCAGGAGCAGGCGGCCAGCGAGGGACUGAUGAAGAUGAAAGGCGUCUACGAGGCCAACUCGCUGCUCGGCGAUCCCCGAUCGGUCGAGGAGCAGCUGAACGAGUCCUUCAACAAGCUGGAGAAACUGCGCCAGGAACUGCAACGGUACCAGAAACUGCUGGAGCAGGCCAAUAGUCAACCCAUCGCACAGCACAGCCCCCAGCCGAACCGGGGGAUGCAGAACGGUCAACGGUCGUCCAGACAUUCCAACGGUAGCAGCAACCACGACCACCACGAUGACAACAACCACCACGGCGAAGACCACCCGGACCACGACGCCGGUAGUUUAAGCAGGUCAGCAUCAGAGAGUAGCGUACCGCAAGAUGCGCAAAAUGGGCUUAAUAUUAACAAUAACGGCAGCUCGGCUAGUCCAGAGAGUGGUCUCGGAACAUCGCACACGUCCCUCCCGGGAUCGGGCCAGGGCAGCACCAAUGAUCAGCCCAUCAACGACGAGAUGUUCUACGAGGCGGACGCCCUGCAACCGUUGGGUACCUGCAAGGCGCUGUAUCCAUUUGAUGCCACGAGUGAGGGAAGCAUUCCAAUGUCCGAGGGUGAGGAACUUCUUGUGAUAGAGUUGGACCAGGGUGACGGAUGGACGCGAGUGCGGAGGUUAUGCAGUCCCACUGGAUGGGAGGAGGGUUUCGUACCGACGAGUUACAUCGAAACGACGCUCUACGCGUAGUGUUGAUCACCACGCAUCCUUACAAUUAACGGCUGAGCGGUAUUGUGCAACAACAAACACCCACACACAAAAAAGUAUAACGGGAACGUGCGAUCGAGAUUGAACGCGGGUACGCAUGAAUGGUAAUGUAAAUAUUUAAAUUAAUUUCUAUAGAAGCAACAAACGCCGACGGGAAAUCCGAUCGCGAAACAAUUAGCGAGCUGAAACAAAAAACAAACCCUAAAGGAUACAUGUAAAAGAUAUGGUAAACGAAAAUCCUAAACAGAAACAAUUACUACUCCAUAAGCUAGAGCACUACUAAAUUAUUGAACCCUUCAUUUUUUCGUGAUCGGGAUCGUUCGAAGUCAAAAAGUGUUCGAUAAAGGAAAACAGAAAAAAGCAAACAAAAUAGUAGGAAAAAAAGGCGAUUAGCAACAGAACUGUGGGCCCUGCUGCGGGGCUUUUGCCUCGGCAGUUUACUUUUCCCCUCCAUUACUUGUCGUUGUAAUGUUACUUUUUUAUGCCUAAACUUUACUGUAGGACAAUUCAAUUUUUUAAGGUCACAAUCGAUUUGUGACUCCAACAAAUGGUCUAUUUUAUUUAGCCGUAAUACAUUUUUGGUGAUGAGCUUAAACGCUGAAGGAAACCGAAUCAACGUGGAGGUACGAAGACAAAAUGCUCAAAAUUAUUUUAAUCAAUUUGUGCAUAAAGUAAUCGAGAGGAAUGAGGUAAUCAUCGAGUCAAAACCGGAAAACUGUUUUGCACAUCAUUCUAUUGUAAUCGCAUCGCAACCAUUGCCAUUAAUACAAAUCUAUAUCUAAAAGAGAGCAUUCUUAUAAGAAAAUCGAUAUGUAGGGAAUCAUUUAUAUAUUUUCUGCAAAAAAAACUUGGCAUAUUCGUAGCUUCAUAUCCAUCCUCAAAUAUUACAUAGUAAUGUAAAAGAAAACAUAUAAACUCAAAAACAAACUCAAGUUCUACGAAACAGGAUAACCUAACUAAACUGACUUGCAUACAUUUACUGUUGCUACCUGCAAAUCAAAAACUAUAUGAAAAAGAAGAAUUAACAAUCAACUAUGAACUAUAAUCAUUAAAACGGUAAACCGUAACCAAUAGUUCGUUCGACAUUGGCAUACCUGUGCCGGUUAUAUACCUAUCAAACAAUCUAUGCAUCUUGAAUUGUCCCGAGUUGUCGUUAUUGUGAUUAUCAUCAAAUCGAAACCAUUUCAAUAUUUUUUAUUUGAAACUGAAAUGACAAAACUUGCUAUUAAAUGUUUACAAUCAGUUACUCAAAAACAGAGCAUUCAAUCGUUUCUUUUAGUCAAAUACUAAGAAUAUUUAAAACUCCUUCCCUCGGGAUUGACUCUUCAAGAUCAACCUAUUCUUCUUAUCAAAAACAACAACAACUUUGUUAUCAUCAUCCAACAAGCAAAUAAGAUCCUGUGCAUUAUUGUAAUAGGUAUAGUGUUUUCGAUAGGAAACCAAAAAGAACCAUCAAUAAAAACCGCGCCAUUCAACUGAAACAAGGACACAAUUAUUUUCAUCCAUUUCAUUCGUGUAUCAUAUAGGUACGGAAGUUUAGUUUUAGAAUCAUCAUUUCCUUUUUUUGGUUUACUUCCCCAAUAAUACGCGAGUUUGUUUCAAUCAAUGCUCCAAAUCUAGGGGCCAACUCUCAAAGGUUGUGUAAAUAUUCGAAUCGAUAACCAAUAGAGAAAAAAAAAAUCAAAAACUAAACGCUCGUAGCCAAACGAACCCGCUUUUAUUAUUUAUUAGUUAGGUCAGGUCCGCGUCCUAUUUUCAACUUGCUUUCCGAGAAUGCUGCCCUGAAUGAGGAAAAUAUGCAGUUUGUGUUACUAGUGUAAAAUAACUUUUACGAAAAUGUCCUCCCAGAUUUUAAACUAAUUUAGCGAUGCAGAUAAUUAAAUUUAGGAAUACAAAAUAUAGGUACGCGAGAGAAAAUUUAAUUUACAAGUUGCCUCUACCAAGAAAGGCAAUCAAACGUGCCGUUUGCAAUAUUGAUCGGAACAAAUAGACAUGUAGGUACAUUUAUUGGCAAACCUUUCCCCCGCUCCCCUCCUUUAUUUCCUCAAGUCCAUAACUAAGGCCCAAAAGUAUUCGUGGAAAGGAAGGGAACAUGUUUAGUUUUAAACUCAGAAUCCGUGAUUGUGACAAGAUAUCAAAACAGAGAAUGAGGCGAACGUAUGCUACAUUGGAAUAGGUGGAUUAAAAUUAUGAUUUGAAAUUAA